AUGGAGGUCAUUGAGGAAGUCGACUACGAGGGUCUCAGCACCGACUCUCUCGCCAUAAACAUGCUUGCGGGCUCGCUCGCGGGCAUCGCGGAACAUGCGGCCAUGUUUCCCGUUGACAUGAUCAAGACCCGCAUGCAGGUGCUGAGCACUUCUCCCUCAGCCGCCUACGCUUCGAUGUCGGACGCCUUCACGCGGAUCUCGACGACCGAAGGCACAAAGCGGAUGUGGCGGGGUGUCGCGUCCGUCAUCUUGGGCGCAGGACCCGCACAUGCCGUCUACUUCGGCAUGUACGAGCUGGCGAAGGAUAUGGCGGGCGGAAACGAGGGAGGGUACUCGUUUCUGGCGACGGCGGGAGCGGGAGCGGUUGCGACGAUAACCUCGGAUGCGUUGAUGAAUCCGUUCGAUGUUGUUAAGCAACGGAUGCAGGCGCACGGCUCGAACUUCCGUACUGUCGCCGACACCUUCCGGACAGUCUACAAGACCGAAGGACUCGCCGCAUUCUACGUCUCCUACCCUACCACGCUCACUAUGACCGUCCCCUUCACCGCCGUUCAGUUCUCUUCGUACGAGUUCAUCAAGGACAAGCUGAACCCCGCCAAUACCUACUCUCCCAUCACCCACGUUACCGCGGGCGGUAUCGCAGGAGCAGUCGCGGCAGCCGUAACAACGCCGCUGGACGUGUGCAAGACGCUCCUGCAGACACGAGGGUUGUCGGACGACAAGCAAAUACGCAAUGCGCGCGGGAUGGGCGACGCGUUCCGGAUUAUCUACCAGCGGCAAGGUCUCGGAGGGUUCGCGAGGGGCAUGACGCCCCGAGUGUUGACGAACAUGCCCAGCAACGCGUUGUGCUGGCUCUCUUACGAAGGUUUCCGUUUCUUCCUCAAGGGCGGCCACAACAAGCCGCCACCGCCCUCGGCUCUCGUUCGCGACUAG